CAAAAUUUGACAUUUCACAAGAGUGGCAGCACGACAUACAAAAGGUAAAAAGAAACUUUUUUACAUAUACGCAACUCGUAAAAGAGAAAAAUUAUAAAAAAAAUUAUUGAAAAGUAAUUACAAAACGAUAACGAUUGCUGUAAAAACAUUAAGAACUCUUAGCCAAACGAAAUUUGUUAACAAGCAUUAAAUACGAAUUAAACCAGUGUUAAGAAAACAAAAAAAGUCUUCGACAAAAGAGUUUCAAUUGUAUUGUCUGUCCGGUUGAAAUAGUCACACACGCUGCAAGCAGAGCCAACGGCAGAGAACGAAGAACGACAUAAGAAGAAGGCAACAGACACACAAUACACUAACUACACCACUGUACUAAGCACACAGUGAAACGACGACGAAGAAGACUACUACAACGCUGUGAAAAGAAGACACCCUUUAAAUAAAACAAAAAAAAAAUAUAUAAUAAAAAAUCGGAAAACAAAAGAGAAAUUGAGACAAAAUAACGCAAAGGUUUUCUGUUUUAGAUAAUCUUUGAACAAAUAACAACAGUUUUUUCCUUCUCACGGUUUUAUUAAAGAUCCAUCACCAUUCGCAGCAUCAUGCCUUUGUUUGGUAAAUCACAAAAGACACCUGCUGAACUGGUCAAGUCGUUGAAGGAGGCGAUCAAUGCUCUGGAAACCGGCGGAGAUCGAAAGGUGGAGAAGGCCCAAGAGGAUGUUAGUAAAAAUCUUGUGAGUAUAAAGAAUAUGCUGUAUGGAAGUUCAGACUCUGAACCACCGGCCGACUAUGUGGUCGCUCAAUUGUCUCAGGAAUUGUACAAUAGCAAUUUGUUGCUAUUGCUGAUACAAAAUCUACAACGUAUCGAUUUUGAGGGUAAAAAACAUGUGGCUUUGAUAUUCAAUAAUGUGCUAAGGAGACAAAUUGGAACAAGAUCCCCCACGGUGGAAUAUAUUUGUACGAAACCCGAAAUAUUAUUUACCCUAAUGGCUGGCUACGAAGAUGCCCACCCGGAGAUUGCUUUGAAUUCGGGCACUAUGCUGAGAGAGUGUGCCCGCUACGAAGCGCUGGCCAAGAUAAUGAUACACUCCGACGAGUUUUUCAAGUUCUUCCGCUAUGUGGAGGUGUCUACCUUCGAUAUUGCCUCGGAUGCGUUUUCCACCUUUAAGGAGCUGUUGACGCGUCAUAAAUUGCUGUGUGCCGAAUUCUUGGAAGCCAACUAUGAUAAGUUCUUCACCCAACACUAUCAGCGUCUGUUGAAUUCAGAAAACUAUGUGACACGACGCCAGUCCCUCAAACUAUUAGGCGAGCUAUUGUUGGAUCGUCAUAAUUUUACCGUCAUGACACGGUACAUUUCUGAACCGGAAAAUCUUAAGUUAAUGAUGAACAUGCUCAAAGAGAAAUCCCGUAAUAUACAAUUUGAGGCCUUCCAUGUCUUUAAAGUGUUUGUGGCCAAUCCCAACAAACCUAAGCCCAUACUUGACAUCCUGCUACGUAAUCAAUCCAAACUGGUUGAUUUUCUGACCAACUUCCAUACGGAUCGUUCCGAAGAUGAACAAUUCAACGAUGAGAAGGCGUAUUUGAUUAAACAAAUCAAAGAAUUAAAACCUCUGCCCGAGGCUUAGUGGGUUUGAAAAAAUACAAUAAAUAACAUCAGCAAACAAAACAACAUCAUCAAGCAAACAACUACAACUUCAAAAAAACAACAACAAAAUAUCCUAUUUAAAUAUUAAAGAAAAAAUGCCAAAAUGCAUAGAAACGAUUAAAUGAAGACGUUAGAACUGCAUACAAAAAAAUUAAAUUAAACAUUAACGGGAAAAAUCUACGCAGCAGGAGUCGAUGGAGGACGUAUGCCGGCCCACAAGGAGAAAACAAAACCAAAAGACUGCUUGGCAGCCGAGUUUGGUUUUUUUAACAUAAAAAACUUUAAACCUAGUAAUAGUUUUUCUAGUAGUUUAACAAAAAAUUAAAAAAAAACGUGUUAAAAUAAUGCGUUACCGAACCGUUUAACGACCGACAGAAAAAAGAAGAAACACUACUUUUAGCUUAUAAUAAAUUUAUAAAAAAAACAUAUGAACACUUAAAAAAAAGAAAAAAUACAAUAAUUAUUUAAUUAAAAAUUAAAUUUUUAAAAACUGAAAAACAACUGAAUUUAAACUAAAAGAAAAUUAUAUUUUAUAAAAGUAAAAUUUAAAACAAACAAACACUCUUUAAAAACACACACUCAACUCAACACAUGCAAAAUCAUUCACAAACACACCACAACCUUUUAAAUUAAAUCUCUUGAGAUUUAGAAAUAAAACAGAAAUAAAAGCAAAUCCACAGAAAUUUAACUUAAACCCCUGCCGACCCCCUGUUUCCACACCAAACACUUCCUCUUAACAAACACACAUUCAAUCACUCACACAAGUUGUUGUUGUAUAUUCCAUAAAAAACAACCCUUUUAACAUUUUUAUUAGUUCAAACAAAAACCAAAAGUUUUUAAAAAUUUUUAAUUGUUUAAAAUUAAAGCCUCUUCCUUCCCCCUUCUUACAUUGUUUCCCUCGCCAAACACUCUCUAUAUCAAACACUUUUUAUCUGUUUUGAACAGUUUCCAAAAUAUUUGUAUUUGUUUCGUUUAAUUGUCAAUAAAUUGCUUUCGAAUUAAGCUGAACUUAAACUAAUUAAAAACAAACACACACACACACACAUCAUAUUUAAAACAGUUUAUUCAAAAUAAAAACAACAACCUCUACAUUACUGCAUAUAUUAUUAUAAAUUAUAUUAUUAUAUAAUAAAGGAGAAAAAAAAAAGAAAGAAAUAAAAACACUAAAACGAAAA